AUGGGCGCCAUUAUAUCGACAGUUCAGUCAGUAACCUCGACCAUUUCGGCUGGUCUCAAGACCUUAGCAUCGCUUCACAGUGAAUUCUCAUCUCUCUUGACCCGCGCUGCGUCAGCGCCAGGAUUUCCUGUUCCAGAGCCUACGCAAUCAUACUGGCUCGAUGAUCCACCCUUCCCUGCGCUAUGUGAUAUCCAAGACGGUGAUCUACCACAGGAGGCAGAUGUGGUCAUAAUCGGUAGUGGGAUCACAGGAGCAUCUGUAGCUAAAUCUCUCCUUGAACUCUCUGAGUCUAAGCUGCGAGUUGUGGUCUGCGAAGCAAGACAGCUAUGCAGCGGCGCAACGGGUAGGAAUGGCGGACAUAUCAAGAGUGCGCCAUAUGAGGAGUUUGCUAUAUUUCGUCCUAAACUGGGAGCCGAGGAAACUAGGAAGGUGACUCGGUUCAAGAGAAGGCAUUUGGAGAUGAUGAAACAACUUGGUGAGAGUAUUCCACAGGCUGAGGUGAGGGAGGUAGAGACGGUUGACAUGUACCUCGAAAAGGAGGACUUUGAGAAAGCAAAGAAGCAGGUUGAAGAGGUAAAGGAUUGGAUGCCCGAGGAGGCACAUAAGAUCUGGGAGGGCGAGGAGGCGAGAAAAGAAUUUGGUGUCAAUGAGCUUGUCGCUGGCGCAGUAUCAUACUCUGCUGGUGCACUCUGGCCAUACCGUCUUGUCACAGGCGUAUGGAACGACCUCCUUGAGAGGUUCUCAGGAUUGAGCAUCAACACUCACACACCUGUUGAAAGCGUUACUCAGAACUCGGACGCAUCCUACACAGUCAAGACAUCUCGCGGAGUUAUAAAAACGCAGCAUGUAGUUCACACUACAAACGCCUAUGCAGGUCAGCUUGUUCCUUCGCUUAGAGGGUCUCUCGCUGGUGCCCUUGCACACAUGAGCGCUCAACGACCCGGCGCAUCGUUCCCAUCUUCACACGGGAACCGCUCUUGGUCUGUUGUUUAUGCACCGGGCUUCGAUUAUAUUACGCAAAGACCAGAUGGGCCGGAUGGGACGCCGGGAGAUUUGAUGAUUGGAGGAGGCUUCUUCAGGAGUCGACGCGAAGGCCUCGAUCAGAUCGGACUAUGGGAUGAUAGCCAAACCCAUGCUCUACCCCUGAUGCAUAUCCGCGGCGUCAUGCCAGCUGUCUUUGAACCACAGUGGGGAGAGGGCAGCAAGCUUGUCAAGUCCUGGACAGGAAUCCUAGGCUUCACAGGAGAUCUCAUGCCCCUUGUUGGGCGAGUUCCUGGGUCUCGAGUGCAAAAAGACUCAGGGGAGUGGAUGGCGGCAGGAUUUUGCGGCGAAGGAAUGGUUUGGGCCUGGCUUUGCGGAACGGCAUUGGCAGUCAUGGUGCUUAGUAAAGAAGGAGAAGAUUUGGCAGAGGGUGUUGGAAGGCCUGGAGGGAGGUUGGAUGAGUGGUUUCCAAAGGAUCUAUUGAGCGUUGAUAAGAAGAGGUUGAGGAAGGCCGAGAUAGCGAACUUGGCGGACUUCUUCGAGUAG